UGCCUUUUCAGCCGAAGAAAAACGAAAACGAAAGCUCGACUUAAGCAGGCAGUUAUUGAGGAGAAUGAGAAACUAAAUGAGAAAAAGACUGUUGCAACGGAAGUGAAAAGCUCCAACACAGCACCGCCUAAAGAAGUGAAAACUGCACCUUCACCUGCUGUACAGCCAGCUACUCCCUCCGCACCGAAACCAUCCACUUCUGUCACGAAACCGAGCACGUCUGUGUCAACGCCACCGGUAGCACCGAUUUCGAAUGGGACCAUUGGAAAGGGCACCAUCGACAAGGAGACGUUUGAACGAGAAAAGGAGCGGGCCGACAGAGCUGUUGGACAGACACGCAAAUUGCUGAAUUUCUUCGUGAAACAGGGAGUUUCACAUGCGGACCGAUUCCGACGAAUGGGUGAAGAAGAACUACUUGAGCAAGAUAUGGAGCAGUUUGGUAGGAACUUGUGGGAAGAACACGUGUUAAAGAUCUGUCGUGAGCGAGAUGAGCUGCGAAUGCUUCGUCGAAGUGAUAAAGAGCAGAUGCGAAAGUUAUGCGAAGAUGAAUUCCGCUCCGAGUUGACGAUCAUUCUGAAAUGGGCAAUGCCAGACGAUGUGGUAACGUACGAGAAUUGCUUUCAAAUGAAGGACAAGCUGUUGGGCAUGCUGAAUGCGGAUCCAGAGGAGAGCGAAGAGUUGUCACAACAGUCAGAAGUAUUCGUACCAGAAUCACCACGUGCGGAUUCUCUGACAGAGUAA